UUUAUAGCUAUGCAGUAAUUAUUUAUACAGCUCAGAUUAAUAAUUUUUUUAUCCAAUUUGUUUAUAGAAGAUUUUUCCAGCAUCACUAUAUAAGCCUCACUACUUACCUCAAGCUGUUACAUCAAGCAAGGAGAGACUCAUUAUUGCAUUAAUAAGCAGAACUAUGGCUCGUCAUACUAAAGUGGUGUUACUUCUUCUUCUCGCCUUCACAGUUAUAGCUUUUGCUGAUGUGGAGAAACAUCUUUCAGAGGAAUAUUUUGAUCAGCUUGUACAAGAAGCCAUAAACCGUAAAGAACGGGGGGAAUGCCUGGGAUGCUGUCCAUUGGGCUGGGUGAAAUUUAAUACACGUUGCUACAGUUACCAUGGAGUCAGCAUGGACUGGGCAUCUGCUGAGAAUCAAUGUCUGAAAUUGGGUGCAAACUUGCUGUCAGUACACAGCGAAAAUGACUAUCAGCUGGCUAAGGCCCUUAUCCGUGCUUAUGACCCCGUGCAGAACCCAACUUGGCUUGGCCUCUCUAACUGUCAGAAGAGGAACAGCUGGUUUUGGAAUGAUGGUACCAAAUUGUCUUUUACCAAGUGGAACCAAAAUGAACCAAAUUUUAACAAUAGAGAGUGUUGUGCACACAUGAACUGGGAAAGGCAGAAGGACUGGAAUGACAUUCCAUGUGAUAAUAGCUAUCCUUUCGUGUGUGCUAAGAGAAUCAACUGAAAUUCACAGAGUAUAAUGUCAUACAUUUGUAAAAAGACACUGAAAUCUUAAUAAAACCUGAGCUAUACUAAUAAAAUCAUUAAAAACAAUAAAAUCUUGAAUGGAA